ACGGUUUUUAUCGCCGUUAGUAUUACUAUUUUGAAAUUUACCUUUUAUUGCCUUUAUUAUUUAUUUUAAUUUAUUUUCAGAAAUGAGAAAAGAUGGACAUAUCCGCUUGGCGAUGAAUAUGCUCUUAUUUGGAAACGCAUUUUGUUUAGUUUAAGUUCCAUUUGUGCGCGGCCCGGACCCCUGGUCCGACGAGACCGGGUUACUGAAGAUCCAGUAUUACUGCAAGUUCCGCGCACCAGAAGUAGGCUUGGUCACCAGCAGAUCGGCGAGAUUGUUAGUCAUUUUCAAUCAAGAAGUGCAGAAUAUCUUGGACUGGAACAUGCUUACUCUGUCGCCCGCAAGCGCUAGCCGUCCGGACAAGGUGUUCGUCUUGACAAACGAAAACAAUACGGAUUUCACCAACUUCCAGUGGUCCUUCCACGUGGUAUAGAAAGGAAACAUCGAUUAUGGUCCUCCCGUCCGCACUUCCACUCCCGCACCCACUGGAACAUGUCAGCUCGUCACUGAUAUCGUCACUGUUCCGAUUGAGCGUGGCUCAAAGCCGUGGUCCGAAGAGUCCGGUUUACUUAGAAUCCAGUAUUACUGCAACUUCCGCGCACCACAAAUAGGAUUGGUUGCCGGCAGGAUGGCGGUAUUGUUAGUCAUGUUCAAUCAAGACGUACAAGAUGUCGUGAACUGGAACAUGCUCACUCUGUCCCCCGCAAGCGUCAACAGGCCGGGCAAGGUGUUCGUCCUGACAAACGAAAACAACAAGGACUUCACCAACUUCCAGUGGUCCUUCCACGUGUUAUGGAAAGGAGUCAUCACUAAUCCCGAACCCACGGGCACGUGUCAACUUUUCAACGGCAAUGCGGAUUUUACCACUCAAGCGCCUGUGUCUUUCACUCAAGCGCCUGAAUCACGCUCAGUUUCGACAUCUGGAUACGUCGGCAUUGGAAUUGGUGUCUUUGUGAUAGUUCUCGUCGCGGCAGCAGUUGUUGUCUUCGUUUACAAAAGACGCCGAAGGCAGCUGCAUACUGAAGAUCCAUAUUCCCGGUACUCUCCAAAAGCUGAUAAAUGUGAUGUGCCCGCAGACACUGACAAUGUGCCGAAGCCCCUUCCCCAGCGGUCUGAACAGAAGCCCAGACGUUCAUACCUCGAGCUGGAUGGUGCGGUCUAUGAUGAAAUAGAGGACGUCGCAAGUUCGAUAUCGCAGCCUGACAGCGGGUACCUUACAUUGGUAACUGCAUCGCAUUUAACAGACAUACCUGCACCACUUAAAACCAAGGACGAGCAGUUAAUUUCAGUGCGUGUUACUUCGUACGAAACACCAACGACAACCAUUUAGGCGGAAAGUGUCGUCCCUGAUUAGCCUGGGCGAAAAACAUAUGCAUUAAGUCCAGUUUUCCCAGAACAAGGCUCAACUGAUAAACAGUAACUUCCAGCGUGUGUUUCUUCGUUUGAAACACAAAUGACACCAUAUCUUAAAAUCCUUUCUAUUGAAUACAGAGAAC